CUAUCCCAGCCGUCGUCUAUCACCGUUAGUACCGACGAUGCGUCCACCCGACCUUUGGGCGCGAUAUCGGGUCGCAAACGCGCCGCCCCCCCAUCAAUAAUAGUCUAGCGAAGAAGAGAAGGGCACCCGCUACCAAGCAACUGAAGAAGGUCGUCUUCAGCGUUGAGAUGACCGCGCAAGUGAUGCUUUGGUUCAGAGACUGCAAGAACCAAUGCUUCUUCAACGGUUCGAAGAAGCGGGACUACGGCCCUGCUUGGGAUACUGUUUUGAGCCGUUGUCAGCAAUUAUGGCCGCAGUUCCCCUGGUCAAAAAACACUGUUUUGGGCAAAUACGAUACUGAGCGUCGUCGAUAUCAAGCAUUCGAGAUGUUGCUGGGGUAUUCCGGGGUCUCAUACAACUACGAUACCCGGCUUCCAGAGACAUCCGACACGACGUGGGAGUCCUUUUUUAUGAGGAACAAUACGAGGCAUCGUGAUCACGGGUGGCUGCGAUAUACCCCGCUUGGUGACCGCGAUGUAUAUGAGGUCGUAUUCUGGAGGGAGCAAGCAAGCGGGUUUGAUAUCGUCGAGGCGGCCGAUUUGCAAGCGAUAUCCUUACUCCCUGUCGACUCUGGCGAUGUCGACUCUGGCGAGGAUUCCGGCCGUGAUAACCCAGAACUGUUGGACGCAGAUGACGUAGACGAUAUUCUGGCGCGUUCGAGUUCGUCGUCGCGGGCUGUAUCGACACCUACUCAACGGUUAACUCCUGCUCAACGGCAUCGCCUAGAGACUGACCCAGACCAGACCCCACCGCGCAAUAGUACGCCUCCUAUUUCGGUGCCGCCUACGGCGAGAGUGAGGAAGACCGCCCAGAGCGAGAGCGGGUUUCUAGGCGAGUCGUUCAGUCAGGCAGCUAUAAUACUGGCGGAGCCAAAGCUUGCUGGUGCUGGUGAUAUUGCGGCCGCGUGGCAGGCGGACAAACGCGUUAUGGAGUGCUUGGAACAUUGGUAAGAGCUGGGCCACGAUAUCGGAUACAGUACUCUGGCUGAUUUGGAACCGGUCCUUUCGGGUGGAUAGUACUACGAGGUCUUCUUUGGCCAAGAAUACAGCGAACUGCGCCAAUUGCAGCCGCUGCGUACGCGGCCACGGCUCUGUCGGGUGGUAGGGUGGAAGCCAUAGAAAAACAACAACUCGAACAACAAUAAACCGAGACCCGGUGAUAUUGGCCGUCGUCAACAACGUUCGCCUCCUCUGCCGCAAUCCAGGCUUCAAACCGACCACAGGCCGCU